UUCUGUAAUGGCUCGACUCCAUUGCACGAAUCCGCACGGCGAAUCUGUUCGCAAUGUGCGCAGACUAAAUUAUUGCAAGCAAAAGCAAACCAAACCACACGCAUGUCGAAAACAGGAUUCGCCGUGCGCGUUCGUGCAGUGGAGCCAUGUGGAGCGCACCAUAACAUAAGUUUUAUUAUAUGAGAAAUGACCCAUAUGAACAUAUACUCUCUUAUCUAUGAUUAUGACUCAUAUUCAAAUGAAAGAUUAUGACCCUGAAUAUGAUAUGACAAACAACAAAUAACAAGUCAUUAACGCAGUUAUUAUUAUAUUGUCUAGGAUUAAUCGUUCAAUACAAAUACAUUUUCAAUGUUUAUAUGCUGUAAUACUCAAUAAUAUUAGAAUUUUUUUUAUAAAUGUUAAAAGGUAUAAAUAAAAUUAUUUCAAGUUUUUCACAUUCUGGAGGAAGUAUAAGAAUGAGUUCGAAUAAAUAUCUUCACAAUGUAGAUGUUGCUACAGAAAAAGCAACAUUUGGAAUGGGUUGCUUUUGGUCAUGUGACUCACUGUAUGGGGCAACAUUAGGUGUUAUACGAACUAGAGUCGGUUAUUCAGGUGGCAAAAACAAAGAAGUGUCAUACCGAAACAUUGGUGAUCAUACAGAAGUUAUUGACAUUGACUUUGAUCCAACAGUUAUAACUUACGCUCAACUAUUAGAUAUAUUUUGGAAUCAUCAUGAAUAUGGCCUAUUAACAAAAGUUAAACGACAAUAUAUGUCUCUUAUUUUAUAUCAUAAUGAACAGCAAAAAGAAAUUGCUGAAAAAUCAUUCAAGAGUCAAGCAGUAAAACUAAAUACUGAUCUAAUUACUGAAAUAAAAAAAUUUGAAGUUUUUCAUCCAGCUGAAGAUUAUCAUCAAAAAUAUCGCUUACAAGGACACAGUGAAUUCAUGUUAUCUUUAGGAUUAAAACCAGGGGAGUUACUCCAAACAUCACACCUGGCAGCACGACUUAAUGGAUAUUUGGUUGGUCAAGGUGGUGAAAAACAGUUUUUAGCUGAAGCUAGUAAAUUAGGUCUAAAUGAUGAAGAACAGAAAUAUGUUUUGAAGUAUUUAAAAAAAUAUGAAGGUGCAGGACUAUUUUGUUAACUACUUUGUAAAUGUUCAUCGUUUUAAACUGUAUUACUGAUCAGACUUGCCAAAAUUGCAAUUAGUUGGAAAUGAAUACUCAGCAUUAUUUCUUUUCAACGGUAAAAUAGCAAUCAAUAUUUAUAUAG